AUGCGUAUCGUGAGUGCUUUAGAUCAUCGAUACAAGUAUUUCAGGUUCAGGGAGGAUGCGGUUGGUAAACCCGGUCACACGCCCAUACAGAAGUGCACUGCCGCAAUCAGGCAGCUGGUGUACGGAGGCGCAGCCGACAUGUUCGACGAGUACCUCCACAUUGGCGUGUCGACAACCCGCGAGUGUUUGCAGUUUUUUUGCGAGGGUGUUAGAGAGAUAUUCGGGGCUUGGUAUCUUCGGAAGCCCAGCCCCGAAGACUGCCAUCAGCUGAUAGAUAUGCACGGGUCGGUGCACGGGUUUUCCGGGAUGUUGGACAACAUAGAUUCUGACUACCGGCUGUGGAUAUGGCAUACGUAUUUUGGAGUAGCCGGGUCAAACAACGACAUCAACGUCCUUCAGUCGUCGCCCCUUUUCAACAACCAGUGCAUGAGCGUUGGUCCCGCCAUCAGUUUCAUCGCCAACGGCAACCAGCACAAUAUGAGCUACUAUUUGGCAGAUGGGAUAUACCCAAACUGA